GCCAGAUGUAAACGUCAAAACAUGACAGCACUGUAUUUCAUGUUCAGAUACAUUUAUGUACAAAUCUACAAAAUCUGAUACCAUGUCUAUUCACCACACAGCAUUGAUGUUCUUACACUGUUUUACGCACAAAUUUAAUUUACAGCACGAUAGCGCUAUACCAAUUUGGACCGUUGGGUGGCGGUAGUCAACAUAAAACGAACAUAUAAACAUUUCCGGGUUACGCCAUGAGUCAAAGUUGAAGUUUGUUUAUGAGAGUAUUUCUGCAUGUCUUGCUGGUCACACCGAAUCUCACGUUGGAUCCCUCUUAGUCGUGGUCAGAGCCCCGAGCCACGCAUCCGAGAAUACUUCUACUACAUUGACCACCAAGGGCAGUUGUUCCUGGAUGACACCAAAGUGAAGAAUUUUGUCACCUGUUUCAAAGACAAACAGUUCCUAGUCUUUUUCUUCAGUCGCCUCCGUUUAAACCAGAGCGGACGCUACGAGGACGCCUUCCCCUUCCUGUCCCCGUGCGGGCGAGAGAGGAACUUCCUGCGUUGCGAUGACCGACCGGUGGUCUUCACGCAGCUGCUGCAGGACGCUACCGGUGACCGGGACUCGCUGUCGUUCUGUGGUGGCGCAGACAAGCUGACGGUGGACUUCAAGCCCGAGGCACUCUACAUGCACCCAACCAGUGGACGAGUUUACCACCCCUGCUUGGAGCGAGUGGGCGGCGUUGGGCUGGUGAGGUCAUCCCUGGCCAUCGAGCUCAGCCCGUUCUUUAGCUACGCUUCCGAGCAGGCUCAGUCAGGACCGCCCACGCACUUCCUAUGGAGGAAACAGCAGUACACACUAAGCAAUGAGCUGGCCAGAAGCUUUGCCACAGAAGAAGACAGCCGAGGUGGAGGGCUGUAAUGUUCUGAUAUAAUGACACUUGAGUGACAUGUCAGUCAUAAAGGUUUGGCAUUUCAAGCAUUCAUAUGAUCCUGGAACUAAGAAUUGUUAAAUGUUUGUUAAUUUAAUGAGCCCUGCCAAGGCCCGUGACAUUGAUGAGCAAAUUAAACUUGAAAUAUUAGCGAACGACCAAAUUAAACUUGAAAUGUUA